UGGCAGGGGGUGAAUCCUGUACAAAGGCACCUGCCACGGCGUCUAGCAAGGCCAUCGGGGAGACUGUUUACGAGGAAGGGGACACGGGGGGGGAAAUCACGAAAGUAGGCAUCCCUGAAGACGUACAAGACGAUUUGGAGGUGGCUUGGGAGAACCUGGAGGCGUCCCGUGUGAUCUACCACAAGCACGAGGACAUGGUGGACCCCAUGAAGCUGGGAGAAGUCUACUUGCGCUUGGGUGACUUGCAAAAAGCCAACGGCAACUUUACACAGGCCGUGGACGAUUACCUGCGGAGUCUGGAGAUUUAUGCAAAGGUCUGUGACGAAGAUAGCCGUGUGAUUGCCGAUCUGCACUACCAGCUGGCCAUGAUGUACAUAUACGCGUCCGUGGAAGAGGAGCACGCCGUGACUUUCAAGUCCAAGGCGCUGGAGCACUAUAUUCAAUGCGCACGCGUAUUCGAAAUCCUAGUGGAGAAGGCCCGAAAGGCAGCCGCCACGGCGGGAAAAGUCGGGGAUGGAGAAGAGGAUGGGUCGAGCUUUCCGGAGGAGAGGCGAAAAGAGGGCGAGGACGCAGUCAAGUCUCCGCCUCCGCCGCCCAAGUCGACGCCGGCAGAGGACUUGAAGGAAUUCGAAGAGAUUCUAGCGGAGCUGCGGGAGACGAUCGAAGCGACGAGGCAAGAGCUGUCGGCGGCGGGCUCUGUUGCCAAGGCGCCGGGCCCGGUGACCACGAUUGGUUUCGGGCAACCACUUGCCUCCUCGCUAGGGCCACCUGCGGCUCAUGGGGAAGCAAAAGGAAUUAGCAGGAAUGGGAGUGGCGGCGGAGCCGCACACUUGAAGGGUCAGAGUGAAAAGAUGGGACCGCGCACCUUGGACGGAGGCCAGGCUUCGGUUGCUACCACCGCGGCUGUUAAUGUUAUGGCGGUGAAGAAAAAGACCAAGUCUCUGAUCCCCACCGCCUCUUCUUCUCCCCGUGAACCAUCUGCUGGUCUCUCAGCAGCGGCCGCUGGGAAGAUGGAGGCAAAGAAAGAUGAUCUAGAGCCCCAGAGCGAGGAAAAGAUGAGUCCGAAGAAAAGAUUGGUCACCGAGCAAACUGAGGGACCUGCUGAAUUGCCCAUUUCCAAGGAAGCCCGGUUUGAGUGAAAAUGGGAGGGAGAAGUUGGGUCAAAUCCUCAUUGAUAUGAGAUGGGAAGAAGAGGUCGGACAAAAAAAACAAACGGAAACUGACGUAAAUAUGCUUCAAUGGUGGAGAUAAAGGGAUGACAACUUAGUAAAAUGAUUGGUUGCAUGGUUGUCCUGCAGAAUAUCGUUACGCUGCGUUUCUGUCAGACCUUGCGCUGGCACUGUGUCAGUUGCUGUACUAAUUCGAAAUUUUGGGAAGGACAGCUAUUAAUCCACCAUUAUUGAAGAAAAAAAUAUUAAAACAGAGAAUAUAA